AUGUCCACUUAUGAGGAUGAGAUUUACAACGACUACUUGGCAAGACGUGACCGAGCCAGCAGCGGAAGAUCGCUGAAGAGACCAGCAAGUGAAGAAAAGAAGAGAAAUCGUGACGUUGGCAGUGCUCUGCCAUCGGGCAGAUUCAUACCGCUGACCCAGCAGCGUCAGUCGAGCGCGACUCUAUCGGAGGAGAAACGCCGUCAACUGAAAGGAGAUGGUAGCUAUGAUAUGCCGGAUAACAUCUACAAACCUUCUGGUUACGCCACUCGUCCAUCGGAUCUCGGCGAAGAUCCGCUCUCGGCUGUGCGCACAUUAAAGAAUCAGAUACGACGAGAGGCUAUCAUGUCUCGCGACAACGGCUUAACUGUCCGGGCCCAUUUAUGCGAUAAGGCCAAAGAUCGUCUGAGUGCAGCUGAAGGAGUACUGAUCACGAUGGGUCAUGAUCGAAUCGCUGCUGUUAUAGCCGGUGACACUAAGAAAGCACAAAUGAUUGCAGCUAGUAUGGAGAAGCUGAAAGAUGACGUCAUCAGAGAUUCAUAUGCCGACUUAGUGAUGGACAAACAAAAGGUGGAUAACAAACUAGCAUAUAUCGCUUUCGCUCAAGAACCCCACGCGAUAAACGACUUGCCAUCGCUGAAAUGUGUCUAUUGA